GCAACCCGCGAGUUGUUUGAACAAAUCUCGCUGAGACUUGUUAGUUGUGUGAUUGUGAUUGUUUAGUAUGUCAGUAAAUGUGCAUCCAGCAUCAUUGUAGAAUUAGUAUAACACUUGUUGAUAUUACAUACAGCACAAAAUGACUACCAGAGCUGCUUCGGCUAGCCUUGCGAAUGCACGAACACAUUCAAACAGCGAGAAUACAGACCAGAUUAUAGCUGCAACCAAAUCCAACAUGAUCCAAAGACCUCUUACAUCACAUGCCUCCCACAGAAAUGCCUUGGGGGAUAUUGGUAACAAAGUCUCGGCAAUCUCCAUUUCUGAUGCAACCAAAAAAGGUCCUGUCAAGAAAGAAAUUGUACAACUAACUAGUAGACAGCAAAAAAUUCUUACUAAAAGUAAAGCCACAACAUCACUUAAAGCCCUUGCUGAAGAUGGUGGUGCUAAACAGGAACAUGAAGCAUUCCACUUCUUACAACCAACAGAGACGGUACCAAAGCCUGUCACUGUUCCAACAGCAACAGUUCAUCCACAGCCAAAUGUUCCUGCUCCUAUGGACAUAAGUGAUGCUGGACAAGAGGCUUUCUCAAAGGCUUUAUUUAAUGUACAAGAUAUAGAUGCCAAUGACAAAGAAAAUCCACAACUAGUCAGUGAAUAUGUCAAUGACAUUUACAAUUACAUGAGAGUUUUAGAGGUAAAAUACCCAAUCAAAUGCAAUUAUUUAGAAAAUAAAGAGAUCACAGGAAAGAUGCGUGCUAUUUUGAUAGAUUGGCUGUGUCAAGUUCAUCACAGAUUUCACUUGUUACAAGAAACACUUUACCUCACAGUGGCCAUAAUAGACAGAUUCUUGCAGGAAAAUCCAGUUUCCAGAAACAAAUUACAGCUCGUUGGAGUAACAUCAAUGUUGAUAGCAUCAAAAUACGAGGAAAUGUAUGCCCCUGAAGUUGCUGACUUUGUAUAUAUUACAGACAAUGCAUAUACUAAAAAGGAAAUAUUAGAAAUGGAACAGACUGUAUUAAAGACAUUAAACUUUAGUUUUGGAAGACCUCUAUGUUUGCAUUUCCUUAGGAGAAAUUCAAAGGCUGGUCAGGUUGAUGCCAACAAACACACAUUAGCCAAAUACUUGAUGGAACUGACUAUAGUAGAGUAUGAUAUGGUGCAAUAUUUGCCGUCACAAAUAGCUGCUGCAGCACUAUGUUUAUCCAUGAAACUCCUUGAUAACAGUAAAUGGACUGAAACCCUGAACCAUUACAGUUCCUAUUCAGAGAAAGAUCUCUUCCAGACAAUGCAAAAACUUGCCAGUCUAGUCAUUAAAGCAGAAAACAGUAAACUCACUGCUGUGCGGACAAAAUACUCUAGCUCAAAAUUUAUGAAGAUCAGCACAUUAGCAGCAUUGAAAUCCCCUGUGAUAAAAGAAAUGGCAGCUGCAUGCACGUGAUUGUAGUGUUUAUUCCAAGCUUUACUGGUGAUAUUAAACUCUAAAAUUGAUCUGUGAUGGUAUGAAUGCAAAGAGACAAUGUCAUUCCGUUAUUAUUUAUUUUGUUGUUGGUGUUGUGAAUGGUCUGGGACACAAUAGUGACUGAAUGCUGUUUAUGAAUGUUUAAUCUGUUCUGCAUGUGAAAAAAAUCGUCUCGAAGGCGAUCCGUUGAGUUGAUAAUUUAUAUUUCCUGGUUUUCACUAUUUAAUAGGUGGUUUUGCAUUUAGUGAGCUCUGGUGAAGAACAAUCAUUGUACAAAACAAUGCAAAAAUUAAACAUGAGCAAGAAUAAAUCAAGACUGAAUCUGAUUUUACUUUUAAACCAAUAUAUUUUGUCUCCACAUAUUCCGUCCAAAUUUUUAAUCCAUUGGUCACUUAUUUGGUUUAUUCUUGCUCAUAUAUAACAGCCAAGUGUCGAUCUAUGUUCCCCUUGGUUUUAAUCAAAUUUGCUGUAGAAUUUGUAGUGCUAUCUUACUAUGGUUUUAAUUUUCAUUGAUUACUCUUUGUAAGCUAGUGCUUUGCUACUGACAUGAUCCUUAAAAGUAUUUCUCUAAAUUAGGUGUUUCGUGGGUAGGAUUUUAGCUGGAACAUAGAUUGGCUGGCUUGUAUUUGUGUGCCAUAACGCUUUGUAUACUCGGGAGUUUGAAAGCUUCGGGGGUAUUGCAAAGCUUGUGGAUGAUUCAUUUUCGUUAACAAGGUCCAUUGGUCAAACAAGUUUAUUCUGCGACUGUAUCCAAUCAUGAAAAAUUACUUUAAAUUUUAAAUUGCUUAAAGUUUGAUGGGGGAUUUUUCUUUUCUUUUUCCAAUAUAAUGUAGUUUGUGUUAAAUUUCUGUUUAUAUAUCUUAUGUCCAGAAUUACAAUGUUUUUAAUCAAGAGGACCUUGUUAUAUAAUUUCCAUUUGUUAUGAUCAUGUAUGAGUACAACUUUCCUGUGACCCUUGUUGACUGCAUUUCAAACCAAAAACAAAAAAAAUCCACAGAACAAUUACAUGUUUAUUUGUGGCCUCUUCCUCACAUGUGGUCAGCUUGCAGGUAUACAGAGAAAGUUGUACUGUAGAUUAGGUUUAGCUCAGUAGCAUUUAGAGAAGUAUUGCUUCGUAUUUUCUAGUUGUUUAUAUAAUAUUUGUACAUAUUUUAUACAAUAAAUUAUUUUUAAUAAA